AUGUCGGGCCAACAGAUCGAGGAGCUGGGCGACUACUUGUUACAGACUGAGCUUCGGGACAACCGGAGCGGAGUUUCCCCUGUAUACACCAAUGAACAGCAGCAACGAGGUGUCAUGAUUUCUGCUACCAGUGGAGAGUUCGUCGAUGAUCAUUUGAUAUCACCACCACUCGGCAGCUACAUGGACUUGCUACAGAACAAUGACAUCGCGUCAGCAACCGACCCAUUCACUGGAAUAGUGUAUGAUGCUUCGGCCACGGAUCGAUCGCAGGAGAAUUCUAUGGAACUUGUUAAUUUCAGUCUCGAACAACAACAAACAAAAUUAUCUUCUACUGCAGCUGCUGCCGGAGCGCAGCGUAACGUUUCAAUCAAACCCUCCACCUGCAAGCGUCCAAGCUUGCAAUGUCAGAGCAUUUGGAGCAGCGAUGACGACAACACCAUCUUGUUCAAUGACGACUCCACACCAAAGCGCUCAAAUGUUAUCAAUGAAGAUGACCGAGGGUUUCGAAAAAAGUCACGGGAGAAGAUGCGGCGACAGGAGGCUAGCGAUAAGUUCGUUGACUUGCUGGAAAUCAACAGUCGAGUUCGCAAAAAGGUCGUUUUGCACGAAGCUAUAUCGGCCAUUAAGUGUUUGAGGCGGGAGUGCAAUCAACUGCGUCGAGAUCGCGAGCGCCUUCUGCAAGAGCUACACAAGUUGGCUGCAUGUGUGCAGUAUUCACAAGCUGGGCUAGGAGCGGUUAUGUAG